UUUGUUGGUUACGUUCAAAAAAAUCAAAUUAAUUUUUAAGACUAGUGUUAAUUGUUUUGUGUUUUGGAUUUGGAAAACCACAAAAACUCUAAAACUAGUUGAUUUGUUAUAGUAUUAUAUUAAUAAAGCAAUUUAUCUUCCUUAGAAGUUAACAGAUUUUUUGAAAUGUCAUCCAUCAAUAAAGACUUGUGUUUAAAUGAACUAAAUGAACAAACAAAUACUACAGUUGAUACCAAUAUUACAUCGAUUGUAAAAGAGGAAAAUAAGGGAAUUGCGUGUAUAAAAAAAGAAUAUAUCAUUGAGAGACAUAUACCUAAGUUAGCAAUAAAUUAUAUUUCCGAAUCAGAUAAAAACCAAUUAAAUGAAGAUGAACCACCUUCUAAAAAACAGAAGUGUACAAAGAGUGUAUUAAAAGGUCAAAACAAAUCUAGAAAUUGUACUUACUAUCAAGUUCCACAAGAAAACUUAUGCUCAAAUCUUGUUGAUGGUUUAGAAACAGGCUCUUGUACAUUUGAGAAAUGUAAAUUCUUACACAAUGUCACAGAGUAUUUGGAAAAAAAACCUGAUGAUAUUGACCAAACAUGUUAUGUUUAUUCUCUUAAGGGUCGUUGUCCUAGAGGACUGACCUGUAGAUAUGGAAGUAGCCACAUUGAAAAUGGCAAAAAUAUUGUUGACCAAACUAUUUAUGAGACAUGGAAUAAAUGUAGAAAUGAAACUAAUAAUCAAAACCGUGGUAAAACCUUAAGUAAAGAAAAUAUGUUAAAAUUGAGAAAAAAAUUAUACAAUUUUACAAAAAGUGAAGAUGCUGUUAAAAAAAUUGAUAAGGAUAAAGACUUGGGGCCUUUAAUUGAGGAAAGUUAUAAAAAAAUUAAUUGGGAAAAUAAACUAUAUUUGGCCCCUUUGACUACAGUUGGUAAUUUACCUUUUCGAAGAGUUUGUAAAGAGUUAGGGGCUGAUAUAACCUGCAGUGAAAUGGUUUUAUCAUCAAGUUUGUUACAAGGACAUAAUCAAGAAUGGGCAUUAACUAAAAGACAUGAAACAGAAGACAUAUUCGGAAUUCAAAUAUGUGGUAAUAAUCCAUAUAUGUUGGCUAAAAGUGCACAAGUCCUACAAGAAAAUGUAAGUAUGGAUUUCUUAGACUUAAAUUUAGGAUGUCCAUUAGAUCAAAUUUAUAAGCAAGGAGCUGGUAGUGGCUUAUUACUUAGAAGUAAAAAAUUAGAAGUUUGCUUAAAAAGUAUGAGAACAGUACUUGAUGUACCUCUUACAGUAAAAUCUCGCUCAGGUGUCAAUAAAGAUCAAAAUAUUGCACACGAUUUAAUACCAAUGUUCAAAGAUAGUGGAGUAUCCCUUAUAACAGUUCAUGGAAGAUCAAGAGAUCAAAGAUACACUAAAAUGGCUGAUUGGAAUUAUGUUAAUGAAUGUGCCAAAUUGGCAAGUCCAGUACCAGUGUUUAGUAGUGGAGAUAUAAUGUCUUAUGAAGAUUACAUAAAUACAAAACAGCAAUUUCCGGAUAUAACUGGUGCUAUGAUUGGUCGAGGAGCUUUGAUAAAACCUUGGAUAUUUACAGAGAUUAAAGAAAAUCGGCAUUGGGACAUAAGUAGUAGUGAACGAUUAGGUAUUUUAAGAAAAUUUGUAAACUAUGGUCUUGAACAUUGGGGUAGUGAUACUCGAGGUGUGGAAACAACAAGAAGAUUUUUAUUGGAAUGGCUAUCUUUUUGUUACCGAUAUAUUCCUGUUGGCAUUUUAGAACGUGUACCUCAAAAAGUAAAUGAAAGACCACCAAAUUACAAAGGAAGAGACGAUUUAGAAACAUUAAUGGCUAGCGGAAAUUGUGCUGAUUGGAUAGAAAUAAGUGAAAUGUUACUUGGACCAGUACCUAAUGGAUUUCAAUUUCUACCUAAACAUAAGGCAAAUUCUUGGAAAUAGUUAAUUUAUAUUAUAUUAUUUAAUUAUCUUUGUUCAUAUUGUCGUAUUAUGUUUUUAAUAUUAUAAUAUUAUAUCAUGUUAAGGUUUUGUGACAGUGUAUUAAAUUAAUAUAUUUUAAUGUGUGUAUGUCAUAUAUAUGUAUUAAAAAUAUUUUUAACAAUUUAAAAUAUUUCAAUAAACAAAAUUUAUAAUGUAUGAA